AAUGGCAUACCAGGAGAGCGAUGGUGGCGAGAAAACUGUCGAUCUUGUUAAGGAAAUAUUGAGUAAUUUUCUCGAUAAUGUAACAAAUAAAUUCGAGGAAGAGCUCGGCGAAAUGAAGAACGAGCUUGGAAAAAGUGUGAGGGACAUAGAUGUAAAUCUACAAAAAGUUGAAACUGUACAAAAGGAGAUCCAAAGUGAAAUGAACAGUCUGAAGGAGAAACAAGGAAAAACCAACCAAGAACUCAUUUCAAAAUAUGAGAAAUUGGAAUCGGUUGUUCGGGGGUUAGAACUGGAGGUAAAAUCCCUUCGAACAAAGCAGGAACAAAGUUUGCCUUGUAAAUGUCGUGAAAUGUUAUAUACAGUGACAGCUGCGGGAAUGCAGAUACUGGAUGAUGGAAUGGAUAAAGGAGGACACCUUUUGCAGCAAGCCAUACUGUCAUCGGGUUUAGAGCAGUCUGUUAUGUUUGAUGUAAACCUGAAGUCUUCAGUGGCCUGUAACGAUACGGAAGAAGCUGAAGGGCGCAUAAUCUAUCCCAACCUUAAAGCAAAUUCUACCUUCAUCCUUAAGGAAUCCAUUCAGGACAAUAACUUGGAAAAGGACGGUGAUUUGUUUGCCACUAAAAUAAACUUACAAACAAACCCUACAAAUGAACAAGGUGAUUCCACUGCGACUCAAACACAAACUUCCAUAAAAAAUGUGAAGUCAGGGGAAGAUGAGAUCAAAACUUUUCAAGUCAUCCCCCCGCAAAAGAAAACAUAUUCCAUCCUGGAAGAGCUGCCUUUGGGCUUGCGGGAAAAGAUGCAGCAGUUCUAUCAAGAAAAGCCCAAAAGGGCCUUUAAUGAAUGUUUGCUAGACCUUCAGAGGGCGUAUGUGCGCUACCGUUGCGGGUCUGGGGAGACUUUAGGCCCCACCGAGUUAGCAAAUAACAUCAUUUUGUCAGGAAUAAAGGAUAAAAUUUGUGAUUCUGAAUAUACUCCUAGAAAAGGGUCCAAUCUUAAGAGGUACUUAACUCAGCGAAUAAAGAAUGAAAGGACAGGGAAAGAAAUCGAAGGCAUUUGUAAGGAUGCAAAUGCGAAGAUGAACCCUGCCGCAAAGAGACAAAAGAUGGCGAACAGUAAAGUUUGA